CAUUUUAAAAAAGAAAUAACCACACUCGUCCUUCUCCUCAGUGACACUUUCUCAGCUCUGCUUUCUUGAAAACCAAGAUGAGCUACACUCACUUUGGGAAGUACGUGAUGAGAAUGGUCGACCUGUUCCACAGACACGCCAAACCUGAUGACGUGACUGACGAGCCGAGCCUGCUGAUGUUGCUGAAGGAGAAUUUCCCUAACUUUGUCCAGGCCUGUGAGAAAAAGGACAACAAUUAUCUGUCCUAUAUCUUUGAGGAAAGGGAUCAGAAUAAGGACAAGAAGAUCCAGUUUUCGGAGUUUCUGUGCUUGGUGGGGGACAUAGCCAUGGACUACCACAGGCAGAGUCACGGAGCCACACCCUGUUCGGGGGGAAGACGGUGAUGGUGCCCAGACUCAGGCCGCCAGAAACCACAAGAAAUGAUAGUGUCCCUUUUGCCCAG